AUGUUUCCUUCAAACCCUCAAUGGCUAAUCCUUGUAGGUACCAUAUGGCUUCAAUCAAUUGCAGGGACAAACUCUGACUUCCCAGCCUACUCAUCUGAACUGAAGCAUCUCCUCUCCAUCUCUCAAGUGCAACUAAACAACCUUGCCUUUGCUUCAGACGCCGGAAAGCUUUUUGGCUUGUUUUCAGGCAUCAGUGCAGUUUACCUACCCCUCUCACUAGUACUCAUGAUUGGUUCAACAAUUGGGUUCAUAGGUUAUGGCUUGCAAUUCCUCAUCAUAGUGAACAAAAUCUCUCCUAUAUCAUACUGGAAAUUCUUCAUGCUUAGUGUUUUCUCUGGAAACAGUAUUUGUUGGAUUAACACUGUUAGUUAUGUGGUAAUAAUAAAAAACUUCAGUUCCAAUCACCAAGCUGCAGUGGGAUUAUCAACAAGCUAUGUUGGAUUAAGCGCAAAGAUUUAUACUGAUAUCGUUGAUGCAGUGUUCCCUUCAUCGCGGAUCAAAAGAGCCAAAGCCUAUCUCCUUCUCAACUCAAUCUUACCCAUGGUGGUUUCAAUGGUAACUGCACCACUAGUUAGAGAAGUCAAAAAUGGAGAAGGCUGUAGAGUAGAGGAGGGGUUCAUUGUUAUUUUCUUCAUAACCAUAGCGACCGGAGUUUAUGCUGUGUUAGGCAGUAUUUCGAUAUUAUCAAGCAUUUUUUCGCCCUUGAUUCGUGUAAUUUGCAUGGGGUUUCUCUUAGCAUCUCCACUGUUUGUUCCGGUGGUCACUAGGAUUAAAGAGGAGGGAAGAGUUUCACAUCUUGCAGAGAGUGUGGAUGAUGUGAUGAAAGGAGGAGAAAGGAUUGAAGAAGAUUGUGUGUUAAGGAUGCAAGAAGAGAUUGGAGCAAAAGUGAUGAUAAGAAAGGUGGAGUUUUGGUUAUAUUUCUUUGUUUAUAUGUUUGGAGCAACACUGGGGUUAGUGUUCUCUAACAACUUGGGACAAAUAGCUGAAUCUCGUGGGCACUCAAAGACUUCUUUAGUAUCAUUAUCUUCUUCAUUUGUGUUCUUUGGGCGUCUCUUGCCAUCUCUUUUAGACUACUUCUUGUCAAAUACUGGAUACAUGGUUUCGAGGUCAGCAUCUAUAGUUACACUUAUGGUCCCAAUGGCAGGAGCAUUCUUCUUACUUCUUAAUACAACAUAUCUCACCCUUUACAUCAGCACUUGCAUUAUCAGCAUCUGUACUGGUGCAAUUACUUCCAUAGCUGUCUCCACAACAACUGAGCUAUUUGGGAAGAAGAAUUUGCAGGUGAAUCAUAACAUUGUGGUAGCUAAUAUUCCUUUGGGUUCCUUUAUUUUUGGUUACUUGGCAGCAAUUCUUUAUCAAAGAGGAGGAGAUGGAGAUGGGAGAUGCAUGGGAUUUGAAUGCUAUAGAAGGACUUUCAUCAUUUGGGGAUCUGUUUGCUCUCUUGGAACUGUUCUUGCUUUCAUCCUAUAUAUUCGUACUACCAAGACUUCCUUGUUGAAUAGAACCACCUUAAUUUGAUGCAGUUUAGAGGGGUAUCAAGAUGGUGCUCUUCAAGUAAUGCUGAUGUACUAGUUUC